AUGGCAUUACAUCAAUCUAUAUGUGUGCUGUUCCAGAACGGUAGCUACCGCAACACGGUGGCUUCGCUGGAGACGAGCGAGGGCUGCCCAAUCCAGCCCGGUUCCAGCCUGCAGAAGGUGAUGUAUCUAACGCCGCUGCUCUCUUCCAACAAGCAGCGACGUGGUGUCGCCCUGGACGGCCAGAUUAAGCGUCAGGAACAGUGUCUAGCUUCGACUACACUCUUGGCUCAACCGGACCAGCGUGAUGCGUUUGGCAUUAUCAUUUCGUACGCCGUCAAGGUGAAACUUUUCCUGGGUGCGCUCGGAGGAGAGCUAGCGGCCGAGCUUCCGUUUGUGCUGAUGCACCCGAAGCCCGGUACCAAGGCUAAGAUCAUUCAUGCCGACAGCCAGGCCGAUGUAGAAACCUUCCGACAGGAUACGGUCGAUCAGCAGGCUUCGGUGGACUUUGAUUAAUUGCAAUUCUGCUUGGAGAGGCUAGGAACUCUGGCAUGGACUACGACGAAGAACCACUAAGCAUCUUCACAAAUCAACACAAACACACUAAAAAUUGAACAUUCUCAUACAACCGAACGCAAACGACCUACGACGAAACGAUCGAUCUCACUUCCCCGUCUUUUUCAACCUGAGCAAUAGAAUGAUGGCAGAGGGAGAGAAAGAUGCAGAGAAUGCAACGAAACAAUAAAAUCGAAGACGGACACAUCCGAGGAGUCCAUUGUUUCGGUAGAGAACUGCAGGGGAGGGACAAGCAACCCAACCAGACGCUUUUCCUCCCUGACGAUGUACCUUACAAAAUUUACUAUUUAGACAACGUCUUCGCCGUGUUAAAACAUUCGGUAACUUUGGUAUAAUUUUCAUAGAAUCCUUCUGAACGUAAGGACACUAUUGAAAUUAGCUGUUUUCUUAUAUGCGACCGAUUGCAACGGCGUGGCAGCAAAACCGUCUACCAUGUACACACCGUAAACAUCUCAUACGAUUGAAUAAAACAAAAACGAAAAGAACAACAUACUGAUUGGUU